AUGAACCUACGCUCGCUGUUAAGCGUUAUAUAUAUUUUAUGUUCGGCAAGUGUGGCAACCUCAUCAUACGGGGACCCGCCGUUGUUCAUACAUAAGAUAAACGAUGCCGGCGGCCAUUACCGUCAUGGCCAUGCGCUAAGCUGGGAGUGCAGAUUGGAAAUACUUAGUCUGCACGUGGGAGGCUGCACGGCCUCGCAGAUCGCGCGUGAGACGAGCAGAUCGCGCUGGUGCGUUAGAAAGAUUGUCGAGUGGUUCGACCGAACCGGCCUCUCGUCGCCUCGUCCAAUAGCAGGAAGACGCCCUCCGAAACUCCGUUUGCCGGAGCUGCUCUACCUGAAGUGGCUCACGAAGGCUAGGCCUUGUCUUAAGCACGCCGAGUACGUGCAACGUCUGUUGCAGGACAUGGAGGUCCUCGUUUCUGAAUCCACAGUUUGCCGAGCGUUAAAGUACUUACGCUUAACAAGAAAACGAAAGACCAAGGCCGCAUACCGCAAGUACGCACCCGCAAAUUUACUGCGCAUCAAAGACUACGAAGCGUGGCAGUCGGAACGCGAUGCGAGGCGCAUCGUUUUCGUCGAUGAGAUGGGCAUACGCGCGGCUGACGCCGAAACAAAUUACGCACGAUCGCAGGCUGGACAUAAGGCGGUGGUGCCCGGUGCUUCGCACGAAACAGGCGAGAGAGGCAUCAAAUGGAAUUUUCUCGCGGCGAUGACAGUCGAUGGGGUACUAGACUGCAGCUUCAUGAAGACUGGAAGCAUCAACGGCCAAACCUUCGAGAAUUGGGUAGCUAUUACGCUGAUCCCCACCAUCUUGCAGGCUUAUCCAGAUGGAGGUGUUUCUGUGGUGAUGGACAAUGCUUCCUUUCACAGGAGCCGCAUUCUGACACCCAUGUUCGCGCAUCAUGACAUGGAACUAAUGUUUCUGCCCGCGUACUCUCCGGAAUUCAACCCAAUAGAAACAUUAUUCGCGUGGGUGAAAGGGCAUGUGAGGCGAGAUGCGUUGGGGUCCAUUAGUGACAUCCCCGGGGCAACUUUCCGUGCCCUUGCGGCAGUCACGCCGAGACUUUGCAAGUCUUGGCUCAAGUUCAGCGACUACGUCGUGGAUUGA